CCCAUAUAAAUUGAUCUCUUUGUCUUCAUCAAAGACAAUUCGACAUGUUUCUCACCAUCGUUCCAAAUUCCCAUCCCAAGCCAUGGAAAUCCCCAAACUUACACUUGUUUCCUCUUCCAUCCAAAACCAAAACACAGCCCUCAAUAAUAAUAACUCCAAAAGCCUAUAACAAUGAAGAUAACAAUUCAACGAAAUCAACAGCAGGAAAAAUCAAACGAAUGGUACUUACUCAACAAGGAAGAACCAAACUUAACGUUUUACCAGACAGGGAAUUUUAUGCCUAUCCAAGAUUCGUCACACACGUCGAUGAUCGUUUCAUUUCCAAUUUAACCAAUCUUUACAGGAAAUGUUUGAAACCUGAUUUUGAAAUUCUUGACCUUAUGAGCUCAUGGGUCAGUCAUUUACCACAAGAAGUGAAGUACAAAAAGGUGGUUGGUCAUGGACUUAAUUCCCAAGAGCUAGCAAAAAAUCCCAAAUUGGAUUAUUUCUUUGUGAAGGAUUUGAAUGAAGAUGAGAAAUUUGAGUUUGAAAAUUGUAGUUUUGAUGCUGUUUUAUGCACUGUCAGUGUGCAGUAUCUUCAACAGCCUGAGAAGGUUUUCGCGGAAGUAUUUCGAAUUCUAAGACCUGGAGGAGUGUUUAUUGUAAGUUUCAGUAACAGAUUGUUCUACGAUAAAGCAAUUAGUGCCUGGAGGGACAGUACAGGAUACGGGAGAGUACAACUUGUGGUACAAUAUUUUCAAUGUAUUAAGGGAUUUACAGAGCCACAAGUGAUUCGUAAAUUACCAACUAAUGAUGAUCAAGAAAAUAAAUCACCUCUGAGUAAAAUAAUGCAGUUGAUUGGGUUGUUAUCAGCUUCAUCGGAUCCUUUUUACGCAGUUAUAGCUUACAGAAACUUUAAACCAGUGGAUGAAUAAAUUUGUAUUCAUACAUUGUAAUUAAAUUCAAUUUGUAGUAAACCUGGGUAUAUUAUUGUGUGACAUUUUUAUUUGGGAAA